AUGUUCGGUGUGCGAAGACUAUUCGGAGCGGCACCCGCCAAAGAAGAGCCGGAAUUCGAAAAAGCAGUCGAACUCAUAAGCCUCCCAGCUGGUCGGCUGAAUUUAAUUCGGCCAAAGCAUGUCACCAAGGUCGAAAAGGAAUGCAUUUUCUUGGAAGCCGGUCUGAUAAUUCGGCGAACUCCAAGACCAUUUCAUUAUCAAGUGGUCAUUACGAGGUUGGGCGAAGACGAUGAAGAAUCGUCAGAAACUGAGGAUACGCUAGACGACGAUCAUGAAAAGGCCUUUUUGUUGGAGGAGGCGCUCGAUUUCCGAGUGUACGAGACAGUGGAUGAAAGCGAUGAAGAAGAAAGACCUACGAUGGCGUUUUCCUGGCUUGAUCUCACAUCCCCCGGCUUAUCAGAAAGAUUUGAAUUCGUCAUAAGCAGCCAACAUGAAAACUGCUCCGCGCCCGAAAUCGAACGGGUUCAAGAUGCUAUUAUGCAAUGCAUUUGGGAAGGCGAGAAUGGGAAAGAUAGUUCGGAAGCACCAGAUGAAGAUCUACUGGCAAUCAGGCAAGGCUUCAAUUUGCCUUAUCCACAACCAGAGAUCACCUACCCAGUACAACCAUCGAAUCUAUUGCGCGCACCCAGUACUCCUCCAAGUGAUGAAUCGGAUGUUGAACAUUCUACCGACACCACUCUAGAUUAUUCUCAAACCUCGCGCGUAUUCCGCCCACCCAGUCUUCAAAGCGAGCAGUCAGAUGUGGAGAACUCAUUAGAAACUCAAUCCAACUUGGGAACGAAUGUCGAGGAGCAGGAUGGUGACGAUGAUAGCGAUUCCUCUGCUGACGAAAUAGUCAACCAACUCAUGGGCACCACUCUAGCUGAUAAACCUAAGGACCCCCCUUCUCGGGCAAAUUCACAGCCAUCAGCUCCCUCCCCCCAACGGAAGCCAGGCCCGUCAUUCGUAACAGAUCAAGUUUCUCCAGCAAAGGUACAAUCUCCCUCGCCCUCGUCACAGCGCAGUCCUUCCGUCGAAACCACUUCAUCCAGACAUUCUUCCCGCUCGCAAGAAUCGAUAGCCGACGAGGACGUUCAGAUCGCUCCCCACAAUCCGACCAGCCCUAGUGACGAAGCUCUGGCAGAUUCAUCGUCAUUUGACGACGGCCAUCGAGACCUUCAAGCAGAUCAAGACCCACACAGCAUCUCAAUGACUGAUGAUAGAAGCAUGACAUUUACUGGCGAAACCGUCGUAGCUUGGGAAUCGAUUUGUAAUCUUUAUCUAUUCAAGGCCGAUGAAGCGAGGUUUGACAGGUGGGAGACUGGGGCUCUGGCAGAACUUUAUGUAUCGGCCCCCGAUAAUCCCCAAUCUGACAUAUGUUGGCUAACGGUGAAACAACCGGGAGCGAAAGUGAAUGAUGAACGUGUGGUGAUUUCUACCCCCAUAGGGAGUGAACAAAAUCUCAGUUUCAGUGGCGGCAAUAUUCUGUUCCACUACAAGUACGGGGAAGCUGACUACCGAACAUGGGCAUUACGAUUCCCGGGCGACGAAGUCUCGCGUGACCAAUAUACUGCUGCUCAAGAAGCAUUCGCUAAGGCUUUAUACGAUCGAGAUAAUGGCCUAGGUAGUUACGAGGCCCAAGACCGUGCCACAAAAGAAUGGAGUCGUUUGACCUAUGGCGUCCCUGUCGAUGGAGAUUGCUAUGAGGAAGACGACGCACAAUCUGAUGAUACCGAAGAAGAAGUCGAAGAUAGUGAGGAGGAAGAAGAGUACGCAAGUAGCGAUGAUGAUGAUGACGCACAGUUACAAAGAUUCCGAUCCUUGAAUUCCACUAAAAACUCUUGCCAUGCUCUCGGGGCGAAAGAAAACUUGUCCUGCGUUAUCAGGGGUAAUAUGAUGGGGAUAUUUCGGAAUGAGUCCACAAGCGACAAAAAAUUGAAAUUUAUUGCUUCGAUCCCCGACCUGACAACGCUCGAUGGAACAAGAGCCGUUCACCCAACCAAGAUAAUGCUAUAUAUGCAAGAUGACAUUGUGAUUAUCAAAGAUAGGAGUAUCCCAAAUUAUUUAUUCAAGCUCGACCUAGGAGUUGGCAAAAUAGUCGAAGAAUGGGAACUCAAUGACGACCCGCUGACGGAUUUUUUCGCACUAAACAAAUUCAGUGCAAUGGAGAACGAAAGUACCUUGAUAGGGACCUCUCGUAACGAAUUCUUCAAGAUCGACCCGCGAGUCAAUGGCCGUAAGGCCGUGGAUAAGCAAACCCAAACUUACAAGACGAAUGUAGACUUUUCAUGUGGUGUGACUUCCGCCUCUGGAUUCAUCGCACUCGGAUCGGAUACGGGAAUGAUUAGAUUAUUCGACCCUAACAUUGGCAAGAAAGCUAAGACUUUACUGCCUGAAGUGAGGGAUGCAAUCAAGCAUCUUGAUGUCACUAACAACGGAAGAUAUCUCGUCGCUACUUGUGAAAAGUAUUUGCUACUCUAUGAUUGCCAAAUGAAGAGCGGUAAAUUGGGAUUCGAAAAAAGCUUUCCGAAGGCUGAGAAACCCGCAGGGAUAAGAAUCGAGCUUACCCCGGAACAUCGAGGGCGGAUUAUUCACGAGAAGAUUCCAUACUGUUUCAAUCAAGCAAAGUUCAAUCAAGGCGAUGGAGAAGUAGAAAGGAAGAUUAUUACCGCAAUGGGUCCUUAUAUCAUUGAAUUCGAUCUGAAGUCGAUCUUGGAUAAGAGCAGAAGGACUCAAUAUGUCCUCAAAAGGUAUCAGGAACGCGUCGUUGCCGAUAACUUCCGGUGGGGCGAUGCUAAAGAAAUUGUUGUUACUCUUGAAAGUGAUGUGCUCAUGGAGAAACACAAUAGAUUGUUGAAGCCGAGUCGACAAUCUAUCGUCGGACUGGAGCCUAUCCAGCCAUCAUCUAGUCGAAUCCGAACCGGCGGUUCUACCUUGGGCAUUGUUCAAGAAUGGGAGGGUUGA